AUGAAGCUUUUCCUCGUGAUCCUAAUCGUGGUAGCGACGGCCGCUCCUACAGGGCAAACAGAACAUUAUCUAGCAAAUGGCCCCGAUAUGCGAGAGAUUUCAACCGCCACGACUAGCCCAUCUUCAGAGUUAUAUUUUCGACAGGAAACUCGCCCGCCGACCAGGGAUUCUGAGAGAAGCAGCCCUGGUUCUCAACCUGCAGGAUUCUUUCGAUCGAUGCGCCGGCGAUUAUUUUCCUGCACUCGUCCCCCAAGUCCCAAUGCCCAUCGAUCAGCCGAGUUGGAAGCAAUUAUCCAACAAGAUGCUGACACUACUGCCGCCCAGCCAAUGACAAACUUUCGUCGCCCAAUUGCCAAUGCCCGUCGAUUUGAAGAGUUAGAAGCAAUAAUCCGAGAAGGUAUUGCCGCUCAUCUCGCCCAGCCAAUGACAAACUCUCCUCCCCCAAUUCCCAAUGCCCAUCAAUUAGAUGAGAUACGAGCAUUGGACCGAGAACGUCGUGCCACUGAUCUCGCCGAGCGAUUUACAAACCCAGGAUGGCUCGCAUACUUCGAGGCCGAAAGACCGGAGCAUCAGCACCAGCCGGACGAGGCGGAAGACUGGGAAGCCUGGUACAAUCUACAUACCGAGAUUUUGGGAUAUAUGCCUUAUAACGAGAAAUUAAAAAUCAAAAACAUUCGGCAGGGUAUAUUCUCAUUGGCUGAAGCUCGACGCUUGCAAAACACGAUCGCAGCUAGCGAGCCUGGCGAAAGUAAUGCACUUGCCACUUCUCAUCGUGCGAGAGGUGGGCUUGAACCAGCCAGCAGCAAAUCAGAGAACCUUCAGCAUCAGCCAAUGAACGAGGAUCAGCACAUCAAUCGUGGCAAGACCAUAGAGAAUCACGAAGGCAGCGUAGUUUUGAAUCCGUCCCAUCAAGUAUUGGAUCAUGACAAAACCGCCGAUAAGCAACACCGCAGCUCAUCUUCGAACCCGCCCCGUAAAGUAUCGCGUGUCAUACUAGGAGUUGAAAGCCAAAGUACAUGUGCAAAUUGUAGGGUAGACUUUCUGCCGCCUACCAAAGACCCCGAGAAUCAGUGGUCCUUUGCUGAAGUUACAAGGCUCAAGUGCGGACAUUGCUUCCACUCUGGAUGUAUUCGACCGUGGGUGGUCAAAUACAAAAAUAAAUCAUGCCCACUUUGUCGCCAGCUCCUAGAUUUGCAAGACUCAAGCCAUUGA